GCAUCGCGUGGGGGGGACCCGGUCACGUCCGGGUUGUGCGUUUUUGAGGACUUAAGGCCGGUAAGGCCUAGUUCGCAAGUGCGUGACCGACCUCGACUGGAUCGGCAGCCGGCAACGAAGCCUCAAACCCGGCCAGAGGCGGCGAGGAGCGACCACCUCUCCCACCACAUCUCGGUCUCCUUACACCAUGCCUGUGGACAUGCAGCAGUUGUGCCCUGGCAUCUACUGCGGGCGACGCCAGCUCGGCGGAAAUGAUACAUACAGUGAAUGUGGCGCGUGCCCUCGGGGCGAGAGGCCGGACAAGGACAAGUUUUGUCAACGCUGCGAGGAAUCUCCAAACCUUUAUGACUGGCUGUACCUCGGCUUUAUGGCCAUGCUUCCCCUCAUCCUGCACUGGUUCUUCAUCGAGUGGUACUCGCGGAGGAAGAGUGCGCUGCUGCUGCACUUUUCCGCAGUGUUGGAGUGCAGCGCGGCUGCCGUGGUGACGGUGCUGCUCAGUGACCCGUUGGGCUCUUUUCACGUGCGCUCAUGCCGCUCGCACAUGCUCUCCGACUGGUACACCAUGCUGUUCAACCCCAGCCCCGACUACAUCCACACCAUCCACUGCACGCAGGAGGCAGUGUUUCCCCUGUACACAAUCGUGUUCAUUUACUACGCAUUCUGCCUGGUGCUCAUGAUGGUGGUGCGGCCGUUCCUGGUGAAGCGCCUUGCCGGCAGCCUGGGCAAGGCGGAUCGCUUCCAAAGCAUCUAUGCCGCGCUCUACUUUCUCCCCAUCCUCACUCUCGUGCAGGCUGUGUCUGCCGGCUUGCUCUAUUUUGCCUUCCCAUUCAUUCUACUGGUGUUUUCAAUUGUGACGUGUGCUGUAUACUUUGCAUUAAUGAAAAUCGUGAACAUUCAAACGUUGUUCUCCAACAAGCGAAACCUGAUAGUGUUGCUGAGCCACUGGGUGGUGCACACUUAUGGCAUCAUCUCGAUCACCCGCCUGGAAAGCCUGAAGAGUGAUCUACCCAUGCUGGCACUUGUGCCAGGACCAGCUCUCUUUUACCUGCUCACCGCUAAGUUCACUGACCCAGAGCGGAUCCACUCGGAGCUCAAUGCGGGUUGAGGUUGUACAUGCACUCUGGUAAUGCAUGUGCAGAUGCCGCCAAUCUUACACGAGAGGUUGUACAAAAUAUUGUGCUGCUGACAGCACUCACAUUGGUUUAUUUUUUACAUUUUUAGAAGUUAAAUUGUUUUCUUCAUCUAUUUUACUGAGAAUUGUAAUGGUGAGAGAAAAUAUCACUGCUAGUAUAUGUUUUGCCGUGCAGUUAUCACACCAGGUAGCAAGAUAAGUAGGUAGUGGAGCAGCGAAUAGCUUGAACACUAUCUUUAUUAGCCAUAUUGCAUGCUGGCCUUGGUUGUCAGAGGCAGCUAGGAGAUUCAGUGUUAACAGAAGGGGGAAUGGUUAUGCAUUGGACAGCACAAUGAACGUGUAUAUUGAAAAAUCUGGGCCAGCACAUUUGGCAAAUAUGGGUGUUUAAAUUCGUUUAAAUGACGAGACCGAAAGGUGAUAAAGAUUGUUGGUAUGCCAGGCUCAGUCUGCAUUGAUUCUUCUUGUGUCCUGCAUGAGCAUUUCUCAGAAUGACCAAGGUGAGCAGCAUAGUCUGACAAAAAACUGUGUAUAAACCCCUUUGUGUACAUCCUUCAUAAAGAGAGAAUGUGUGAUUUAUGUUAAAAUGGAGAUGCUAUAAUUUCUUGAAUCAAUGUUGAAAUAUGAUUUGCUUGCAAAACCUGAACUCAAUGGAAUAAGUUAUGUAUGCUUUUUUGGUGUAAUUAUAUUUAUUGUUGCUUGUAAUAUUGUAGAGGUGUACAAUAUGUCAUGAUGUAAAAUAAAAUGAACAAGAACAAG